AUGUUACAUUCUUUGAACUCCAAUUUGGGAAAUAAUCCUGAAAUCAGCGUGCUCGAACGACAGCGUUUGCGCCUCAAAUGGCAGCAAGAACAGCAACAGCUCACGUUUUUUAACGAGAGUGUGCUCUUGGACGGCGUUUUCUCCGACUUCAACGGCGACAAUGGCCUCGGCGAGCUGCUUAUGGGAGGUGCGAUGAAACCCGACCCGGAAGCGGAAACCGGGUGGGAUUGCGGUAACGGGUCCGGGUUAGGCUGCUCCCUACCCAGAACUGUCAGCUGCCCGCCGGAUAUGGCGGCGCCGCUUCCGGUUACUGCGGCCCAGGAGUCGGCCCUCAGCUCAGCCGCCGCCGCUGCCGCCGCAAGGGAGAACUCCAAGAAGCGAAAGGCCGACAAAAAUCAAAACCCUAAGGUUAUUGGGACAGAAAGAUCAUCAUCGGAGGAUAAAAGAACGAAAGUGUGUAAUAAAGAAGAGAUUUCUAAAAUCACAGAGCAAAAUUGCAGCAGCAAAAGCACAACCACAACUGUUACAAACAGCAAGAACUCAAAAGUGCCCUCUGCAAAUGCAAAGGAGAAUUCGAAAACAUCCGAAAACCCGAAGCCCGAUUACAUCCACGUCCGGGCCCGUCGAGGUCAGGCCACCGAUAGCCAUAGCUUGGCCGAAAGAGUAAGAAGGGAGAAAAUAAGUGAAAGAAUGAAAUUCUUGCAAGAUUUGGUCCCUGGAUGCAAUAAAAUAACUGGAAAAGCUGGAAUGCUAGAUGAGAUAAUCAACUAUGUUCAAUCUCUACAAAGACAAGUGGAGUUCUUGUCAAUGAAGCUGGCUGCAGUAAAUCCGAAACUCGAUUUUGACAUUGAUAGCUAUAUAGUUAACCAUAAUUUAUGCCCACAAAUGUAUCAGCCUUGUACUUCCGGCAUGCCUUCAGUCGGGAAUUCAUCAGACGUGCUAAAUCCGGCUAUGGUUCAGUUUGACAAUUUAGGACAAAAUGCUAUGGAUUCUACUCUCAGGAGGACUAUAAGUGCUCCUGUUUCAAUCCCUCAGACAUUUCUUGAUUCACAAUCCAGUUUAAAUCAAAUUCAGCAGCUAACAUGGGAGAAUGAACUGCAAAAUCUCUACAGCAUGGAGUACCAAAACGAACAAGCAACGCAGUUUAUGUCCGAGGCUCAGCCGUUUACAGGUGUACUGGAGGCAGGCCAUGUGAAGCUGGAGAUGUGA